AUGAAAUCAUCACCCACCUAUGAAGAAUCUUUGCGGCUGAAAGCCUAAUUAAGACAUUUCUUGGAGAAGGGUAAUGUGGAGGAUCCAAUUGUCAAAACAUUAUUCGUGUGGGGAUCAAGACCAAAGGAUGGUGAAUCGAGGAAGUGCUCUUAAUUAGAAGGAUGGUUAUCUGAUGGUCAGAUAAAAGGAAAGGAACUAUGUGAUGAAAGAGCUCCUAAAAAUGAAGAUCUAUGA